AUGCAAAUCACAACCACUUCUACUCGUCCAUUUGAGAAAAUAAGCCUAGACAUAGUAGGCCCCUUACCCGAAGCGGGUUUUCACAAACUCCGAUUUAUACUCACUCUCCAAGAUGAUCUAACCAAAUUUUCUACAGCCUAUCCAAUUUCCAACGUCACCGCAGAAGAAACAUGCGAAGCUCUAGUUCACUUCAUUUCACAAUUUCGGAUCCCUAAAUCCUUAAUUACCGAUCAAGGAACAAAUUUUACGGCUGACCUUUUCAAACGUACAUGUGAAUUUUUAAAAAUAAGACAGAUAUGGUCCUCUCCGUAUCAUCCCCAGACUCAAGGUGCUCUCGAAAGGAGCCAUGCCACUUUGAAAGAGUAUCUUAAGUCCUUCGUGAACGAAAACCGAACCGAUUGGCACAAAUACGUUUGUCCGCGCUAA